UGCACACAGCAAAAAGGCAGUGGAAGAGAUCAGUGAGCGGCUAACGCACCAGAGACGUCUACACAUACACUUUCGCGGGUCUCGCAAUCCAGAAGAUCAGCUGACCGCGAUAAAAUGCCUGGUUGCACAGCGCAGCCAGAUAGAGGCAGAACAUGCAAAGCAAACGAGCAACCCCAGACAGAACCUACAGGAGGACUUUGACAUGGCAGCGACCCUCCAUGAAUAUGAGCAAUUAUGUAGGCGCCUCGAAAAGGCGCCUGAUCGUCAGGCGCGAGGGAAGCAACUUUUCGAGCUGAUCAAGCCGGGCAGCGAUUUGUUUCGCGGGAAAGCUAAGGGCGUGCUUGCCUUCCUCAUCAGUCUCCGCGUUCCGGUGCUUACGACAUUAGCGCGCGUCGAGCAGCUUUCCAGUUUCGGCAAUGACUUUACCGCCGCACUGGUAGACGAAGCAGCGCAAGCAAGUGAAGUUGAUACCAAUGCCCUGAUGAAUGCCCACCCACAGAUAUCCAGAUUAGUGCUCAGCGGAGACCCAAAGCAGAACAGCCCGGUCGUGAAAGCGGAGUCCGCACGAGAAAGAGGGCUCGCGAAAACGCUGUUUGAGCGGCUUAGAGAUCACCACUUCCCAUUAAUCCAGCUCAACAUCCAGUACCGCAUGCAUCCGAGUAUUGCUCGCGUGCCUUUGACGCGCUUUUACGAUCAAGUCAUCGCGGAUGGCGCACCGCAGCUGCCGAAAGUUCCCGGGCUUCCCUGGGUGAGGUACGAAAGCGAGUCCGAGUCACCGGCCGACUUCCACCGCGUGGCUGUGAUCGACGUGGGGAAAGAGGAUUACCCGGAGGAAAAAGACGGCGAGGGGUCUACCUGUAAUCCCAAGCUGGCUCGCCUGGUUCUCGAUACGGCCGAUCUGUUCGCGCGUGCGCACGUUGCGUCUGAUGUGUCUGGGGAGCGCAAGCGCGAAACUUUACGGAUCGGCAUCAUCACGAUGUACCGGGCACAGGAGCAGAAACUGCGCCGCUUGUUCGAGGGCGAGGGCGGCAACCGCAAUUACAACGAUCUGCAGUCGUCUGCUGUGGACGUUUUCAUCGGAACGGUGGACGAGUUCCAGGGGCAGCAGAGAGAUUUGAUUCUGCUGGACACGGUGCGGACAGAGCUCCGCCUUGGAUUCGUUGAUGAGCAUUCCCGAUUCAACGUUGCUGCGACCAGGGCAGUGCGCGGCCUGGUCGGCUUCGUCAGCCGCGCGGUUGUCGAAGACUCGGCACGAACAAUCCGGCCCACGGAGGGGAAGGGAGCGGAGGUUUGGAGGCAUUGGAUAGCAGAGCACGAAAAAUAUAGCGCUGUAUGGAAGGCCGCGGACCUGCGUAGACAUCUGGACAGCAGCCGGCAGUCCGUAUCAACAGAGACGCAGUCCCGAUCAAGAUCAACAGAGAUAACGAGCAGAACUUGCCGCCCGAUGCUGCCCCAGGUUCAUCGGAUUUACAUGGUUGACGGAUCCAGUGUGCUUCAAAGUUGUUGCCCAAGCUCCGAAGCGCAAGGCGUCGCGCAUCAAAGUUUGUGCGUGAGAAACAUGGGGCUUGUGCUAUCUGCACUCCAGGCAGAUGCCGCUGAAGAUCGUAAAUUCCAUCGCGUGGAAGUAUGGCUCCCCAGUAAGCUUCAAAGAAAUGAAGAGUGGCGGGAGCUCUUCCUCUUGCGGAUAUCGGCGGAUAGAGAAGGAGUGCCGCAUGUACUAAAACAAUUAACACCAGGCUAGUUUUUUGAUCGUUUGUUUGUUUCUUUGUGCUUUUCAUCCUCGAAUGAAGAUGACGUUGAACAAGGUAUACGCUUAUGUAAUUUAUCAAUCUAUAAAAUUAUGGAUGCACUACUCUUUCGCUCUGUUCUCAAUCUUCAACCUCUGUGUCUGUCAGGUUCCGCCAUCCGUGCAGUGGACGAGCGAAAGUAGCGAAUUGACCAGGGCAGCUAACUUAGUUUGUGGGGCUGAAACGAGCGGGCACCACGCUGAAAUUCACGUGAUUAGCAACGACAGCAUUGACACGCUCCAGCAACAUGGCCCACGUUUCCACGACGUCGUGCAAGUUCGUGGCUGGGAGGUUGGCUCUGCUGGAGUUUGCCGCCUGAAGCCGCAUCAGCAGCCGCUGCCACGGCCGCAGGUGUACAAUGAUACCAGUUCCGCGCCGGCUUCUCCUCCACGGACAGCUGAUGGCCUCACGAGGAAGAUGGAACGCAAGCCGAACCGGGACGCUGGCACUUUUCUCUCCGCGAAAGCCUUGAAGCUUGACGUAGUGACUGGCGAUGCUGGUGAGAUGUCGGUAUCUGACGUUCUUGCGAAGUUCGCGCGGGAGUCGGAAAAGAAUUUCAUGCUGCGCUUGGUGAAGCGAGAUCUACCGAGGCAGCCCGUCACGGUGCAGCAGUAUGACACUGUCGAGUGGCAAGGAAAGGCCGGCACGAACAAAAUCAAUGUGCUGCAUGUCCGCAGCGGCCACCGGCUGACACUAUGCGAGGACACCGACAUCAUGAACGCGCGCGAACUUCGCCAGGCAAUUGCAAAGGCAAAAGCCGCACGGGACGACGAUGAAAUUUAAAAAUUCGUGCGCUCAUCGAAGCGCCAAAACAGCGCCAACUUUCCUGUUAGUAUUCCUGUUCCAAACUGUACAUAGAUAGCGUUUUACUUUUAUGCGUUACGAAAGUCGCCUCGGUAGUAUCAAUUUCCUAUUCUACGUUUGAUUAAUAAAGAAAACAAGAAAAACAAAAACGCGCAGCAAAGCUUGCAGUCUUGAACUGAAGAAAACUAGUCUAGGCAGUGACGCAGAGUGUUGCGAUGUCUGAACACAGCCGCGCAGUGCGCCAACCUAUUCCUUUAUUGAGCAGAAGACAUGCACCGACAUGUUGAAAGGCC